GGUAAAAGCCUCACUAUGGAUCAAAUAACAAGCACAAUGAUGUUAGAUUUAAUGGAAGAAGAGGAAGAAGAAAUUUGUGGAUUAUAUGAAGGAUACAGUACUCAAAGAUUUGUUAUUAUAUCCGGAUGUACUACGGUUGCACUUUUUGGCGUUUUAGCUAAUAUGUUACUGAUGGCAGUCUUCCGUCGAUCCUUACCUUCUUCCAUAUUUCUAGCCACACUUGCCACGUGUGACAUGCUGAUAUGUCUGACGUACACAUUAUUAUUUGGUGUAGAUGCUGGAAUUUGGUAUCGAAAAAAUACGACAUUAUUCUUCCUCUAUCACCGUUACAUUGUUCCCGUAUUCUUUAUUGCAAAAGUUGUUCAAUUCGCCAUUCCAUUUAUUCUAAUUUUAAUUACUUUCGAACGAUAUCUCUGGACAUGCACAGAACGAAAAAGAAAAGCCUUCUCUGCGAUUUUCAACGAACGUGGACGAAUUGUUACUGUGAUAUUUGUGUGUUUCUUCUCGGUGGCAAUUCGGAUUCCUGUGCUUUAUGCGAUGAAGGUCAAAACGUUUCCUCUGUGUGACGACUAUUUCAGAAGUGAAUCAUUAGACGGAACACCUUUCGCCGCCACAGAAGCAUACGAAAUAUACGAUUUCCAUGUUAUCACUGCAAUUCAGAUGAUGUUUCCGUUUGUGGUACUAUUGCUACUGAAUCUAACAAUUAUCAAGAGAUUGGUAGCUGAGAAAAGGGAAAAUAUGUACCCUAUUCUCCGAGGUGCUGGAACUACAACAGAAGUGAAAAAAGCGUCAUUUGUUCAGGGAAAUCUUCCAGAAAACUAUGUGCUUCUGCAAGUUGCCGCUGACGUCAUCAAGGAAUCAUUGAUCCACAGUUCUGCGGCGGUAUCGUCUGAAAUCGUGGAAAACCAGAAUGUGGAUGAUAUCACUGAUUCAGUAGACGUUGAACUUCCACGUCAUCGGCCAUCAAUUUUUAACACUUUCGUACUGGCACUCAGGGAAUCAUCCCGAAGUAAGCGAUCACAGCUUCGAAAUGCAAUUUACACGAUGUUGGCUAUUGUCACUUCAUAUUUGGUUUGUAAUGGCGUUCAUCUUUUUCUGACGAUCCUUGAGAGGUUCGAUCCAUCUUAUCUUUACGAAUCCACGGAUCGAAUGCAGUCGAGCACAUUUUAUAUCGUUUUGUCUGAUACUGUCUCCAUCUGCUAUAUGGCAUCCUCGGCAAUUCGUAUUUUCAUCUACGCCAAGUGUAAUCCAAAGUUGCGACAGGAGAUCACCGACUACAUCAAACGAGAGAAGAGCAUCGAGACGAACAGCUCGUAACUUCCUUCAUUUCAUCACUUUUUUGUUACUCUUAUUACGGGAGUUCAUAUUAUGACAAUAAUAAUUAAAGAAAUAAACAAUCAUAAUAAGAGA